AUGAAGGCGCUCAGCCCGGUGCGCGGCUGCUACGAGGCGGUGUGCUGCCUGUCGGAACGCAGCCUGGCCAUCGCGCGGGGCCGUGGCAAGAGCCCGGCCGCCGAGGAGCCGCUGAGCCUGCUUGCCGACAUGAACCACUGCUACUCGCGGCUGAGGGAACUGGUACCCGGAGUCCCGCGAGGCACUCAGCUUAGCCAGGUGGAAAUCCUGCAGCGCGUCAUCGACUACAUCCUCGACCUGCAGGUGGUCCUGGCCGAGCCGGCUCCUGGGCCCCCAGACGGCCCGCAUCUUCCCAUCCAGACAGCCGAGCUCGCUCCGGAACUUGUGAUCUCCAAUGACCAAAGGAGCUUCUGCCACUGA